AUGAAGUUUCUCAUCAUCCUGUCCCUCGCUCUCGGCGCCAUCGCCGCAGCGAUCGUUGCGCCUGAACAGCCCACCUCACCUGGAACCCACAUCAUCGCCCUCAGAGGCUACGACGGUACCUCCACCUCCGAGAUACUGCUCCUCUCAACCGAAGGCGAGCCCAUCCACCCAGCGCCCGCAUCUGGAGCCUCCAACAACGACAUCGCCAUCCCCGCCACACCCACAACCCGCAAAGCCGCCAAAGUCACCCAGCUCUCGCGCCCUCACGACCCCGAACCCAUCAUCAUUCUCCCCUUCCACUUCCAAGCCAUUGAAAACUGCAUGUCGGACAACACUAUAGCAGCCCGUGGCGUGUACGUCAACCGCGACUACGUCUGGGCGUACAACUUCCCCCCUGGCACUACUAAAGUUGUCGAGCACAACGUCGACGGGUACCCCUAUACCUUCCUUGUAGGACCCUUUGAUUACGGAAGUAGCACCUUGCAUUUCUCGUAUGAUAAUGGGCCUUGGAAGUGCGAUUGGAACGACCAGGAGACGUGGAAGGAGUGUGGCGAGUGUAGAAGUGGGUUGUGGAAUGCAGAUAAGCUUGAUUGCGGUAACGCGGGUGGGGUGAAGACGAGGAGCAAGGACAUGGAUUGUUCCUUUAUCAUGGGGUGGAGGAGUCAGCUUACGGGUACUCCGAUACCAAACUUACCACCGGGUUCCAAGUGA